UAUUGGCUGGAUUGGAUCACGUGUCGUUAAGUACAGACCACAAUGUCGUCACUCCGUGCAUUGUUUGAAAUACGCCAUGCACGUUUAUCGUGAGUUAUCGGCUCAAAAACCUAUAUAGACGAUGGAAAAUAACGAUCUUGUAGUAGUAAAACUUCCAGAAAAUGAACGAUUUGUAGAAAUAAAUGAUGAUGGAGAAGCUGACUUCGUCGACGAAACAGAAGCAAAUCCGAAUUCUUCAAAACAAACUCGCUGGGGAGUUUCAAUAUUCAAAGAAUGGUUGUAUAAAAGAUUUCCAUCCGAAAUUCUUGAAGAACUUAAUGAAAUCACUCUUUCUGAGCGGCUCUCGGUAUUUUAUCAAGAACUGAAGCUCAAGUGCAACCAGGACAGAGACUAUAGUCGCUCAGCUAUCAUCUCUAUCAGAGCCGCUAUAAACCGGCAUUUGACGUCUAAAGAAGUCGGAAAAGAGUUCUCGAUUAUUAGGGAUUCUACUUUUAGAUUGGCGAAUAAAUCUUUAAAUGCGAAACUGAAGAAAAUCCAAGAAAAUGGGACGUGCGCUGUUAAUCAUCAUAAGCCUAUGCGACCUGAAGACAUCAGGAAAUGUUUUCAAUAUGGGAUCUUCGGUGAAAAAACACCUAUUUCUCUCCUUAGAGUUAACUGGUUUAAUAUUAGUAUUUUCUUCUGUAGAAGAGGGAGAAGGAAUUAUCGAAAUCUUAAGAAAACUAGUUUUGUGUUCAAGAAAGACAACGACACCGAGUUUGUUGAAUUUAGCGAAGACGAAAAGGCCGAGAAUCGAAAUUGUGGGAUAAAAUCCGAAGAAACGGAUUCCAAAAUGUUUGCAACAGGAACUGAACACUGUCCUGUGGCAUACUUCAAGAAGUUUCUUUCAGUCUUGAAUCCUGGAGAACCCGCGUUAUUCCAAAAACCGCGGAGGAACUUUGUUUACACUGAUGCAGUUUGGUACGAGAAGUCAGCGCUCGGGAUUAACGCACUUGGCGGGAUGAUGAAGGAGAUUUCCGCUGCUGCAUAUCUAAGCCAAGCUUACACCAACCAAAGCAUAAGAGCCACCUCUUUUUCCGUGCUUGGUAAAAGUGGAAUCCCGGCCUAUCGUGGUAGGAAAGACAGCUCUGGGAAUCGCAACGAAGGGAGUGACGAUUUUGACUUCUCGUGUGUAGAGAGUACCCCCUUAUUGGGGGAACUGUGGAUGGUUGUCACAUCGGCUCCGUUAUAUAAGCCCAUACUGCCUAAGCCGCCAAUGGAUGUCCUUAGUCAAGUCCCCAGUCAGGUCCCCAGUCAAGCCCCCAGUCAGGUCCCCAUUCAACUCCCCAGUAGAGUCACCACCCGAGUCACCAGUCGAGUCACCAGUCGAGUCCACACCCAAGUCCCCCUGAGUCAAGUUCCUAGCAAAGUGAUUAUUACUACACCAGCAAGAUCGAAAGAAUCCUUUGGCGUGGAUCCAGUAUAUAACACAGUCAACACAGGCUACAAAGUUUUUCAGUAUAAGCAACCCUUCUACUUCCAGUAUAAUAAAGGAGUGAUACCAGAGAUGACGAUAGCGUAUGAGACCUGGGGAAAACUGAAUGAGACUAAAAGUAAUGUGAUUCUACUGUUUACUGGCCUUUCACCAUCUUCACAUGCCAGGAGUCAUGAGGAUAAUCCCAGCGAAGGCUGGUGGGAAAAGUUUAUAGGGCCCAGCUGUGCAUUGGAUACUGAUAAGUUCUUCAUAAUCUGUUGUAAUGUAAUUGGUGGCUGCUAUGGAUCAAGUGGCCCAUCCUCUAUAAGUCCUGUUACAAAGGAGCCAUAUGCUACAACAUUUCCAGUAGUCAGUGUGCAAGACAUGGUUAAAGCACAGUUUUUACUCUUGGAUUCACUUGGCAUUGAAAAACUACAUGCGGCAGUAGGCUCAUCAUUAGGUGGCAUGUUAUCUCUCACUGCAGCAUGCUUAUACCCAGAAAGAGUAAAUCGGCUAGUGUCGAUAUCAGCAUGUGCACAGUCCCACCCUACAUCCAUUGCAAUGAGAUAUGUGCAGCGACGAAUACUUAUGAGUGAUCCAAACUGGAACAAAGGGUUUUACUAUAACACUGGAGCUUUCCCUCGUCUUGGAAUGAAACAUGCUCGUGAGGUGGGAACAAUCACUUAUCGCAGUGGACCAGAAUGGGAAGAACGAUUUGGCAGAAAGAGAAUUGACCACGAUGCUGCCGUUGAACCAAACUUUUGUCCAGAAUUUGAAAUAGAGAGCUACUUAGACUAUCAGGGAGAUUCGUUCUGUGUAAAAUAUGACCCAAAUUCUUUGCUGUACAUAUCCAAGGCCAUGGAUUUGUUUGAUCUUGGUGAAGGAUUUGACUCCUUACUUGAUGGGGUUUCGAGAAUCAAGUGCCCAACACUGGUUCUUGGUGUUCAAUCCGAUGUUCUUUUCCCAAUCUCACAACAAAGAGAACUUGAAAAACUGCUACAAGACUCAGGAAAUCAUAGCGUGACAUUCUACGAGUUAAACUCGAUAUAUGGACAUGAUACAUUUCUGCUGGAUGUUGUCGCUGUGGGUGCAGCUGUAAAGGGACAUUUGGAGACAGAUUUAAAGGUUAAUGGCAAAUUAAGAAAAGACAAGCGAUGAACAAACAAGAUUUGUAACACUUCCAGCAGCCAGUCCGUAAAACUUCGUUCACAAACACACACUACGCCAUUUUAGAAAAUAUUCUUUAUAUUCUUUUAACCCAAAAUAUUGGUUAAUGGUAUUAUUCUCGUAGUUAUCUAGGGUUGUUCUUAGCGUUUUUCGAUUUAGUUUUAUGACGUUUUAUCGGUCCAAAGGGUCGUUGAAACGGCGUAAAACUAAAUCGAAAACGCUGAGAACAUCCCUAACUACAAGAAUUUCAAAUAUUAUGAUUAACCAGCCAAGAUAAGCCUUUAGAAUCAUGAAUGAUAUUAUUAAUUAUAUAUGUUUUGGGAAUACGAUUUUUUUGAUAUUAUAUUCCCCAAUUACCUUUACCGGGAAAGAAAGAAAUCAUAUACAAGAAAAUUACCCCUUGAAAGGGAAGUUGUGGAUUAGACCACUGUUAAAAUUAGUUUCAAAAUAAGUUUUAAAGGACAAUAAAAAUAGAAAUGACCCUAUUUCUUUGGGAAAUUUUUGUUAUGUCGUUGCGUGGCAUUGUCCAAGCUAUAUUAGGCUUUGCCUGCUUCACAGAUAAUAUAGAUAAUAAAAAUUCAAGAAAUUUCUACAAUAUUUGAUUUAAUCAAUAAAGUGUAUAGUUUGCACA